GAGAUAUUAAAGGAAGUGGCGAAAGGGAAAAACCCUGAUUGGCUGAUAAAGUCUUGGAACCUCGUAUCAGGCUGAAAUAUUUAACAAUAAAGUCCCUGCCUGUGCGAGUCAGAGGAGUCAGAGUGUGCUGCUAUUUUAUCUGUCUCGCAGGCUGUCACAGUUCAACUUGUAUCCGGGCUGUCUGCCGGCGACUUGCUCUCUGCAUGACACGUCCCAUACACCUGUGAGCAGACCAUGAUUUUACAAGGAAACAGCAUUAUGAAUAUUAACCAUGGCACCAACCCGCUUGUCCACCAACCAGCCUGGAAUAACCCAUACCCUCCUUGUGAUGGCUAUUUUGGGGGUCAGUGGCACGACAUUCAUCCUCAGUACUGGAGCAAGUUUCAGGUGUGGGAGUGGCUACAGCAGCUAGUAGACACCAACCAACUGGAUGCAAACUGUAUCCCUUUCCAUGAUUUCGACAUUGCCGGGGAGCAUCUGUGCAACAUGACCCUGCCGGACUUUACGCAGGCUGCAGGCUCAGCUGGACACAUCCUGUACAACAACCUCCAGAAUCUCAAGUGGAACGGUCAGUGUGGAAGCCAGAUGCUGCAGUCAUUCAAUGUUGUCAUAAAAACUGAACAAACAGAGCCUUCUUCGAUGCCACCAUGGAAGGAUGAAGGAUAUUUUUAUGACAACAGCUAUGAUGAAAUGUAUGAGAGUAAACCAUUCUGCCGGAAUCAGCACCCUCUGCCUUCCUCCAGCCCUUACACCAUGGUCUAUACAGAGCCCGACGGGAAAAAGGUUCAUGAACAUCCUCAGAAACCCAGCACCAAGAAACACAAUCCUCGUGGCACUCACUUAUGGGAGUUUAUCCGUGACAUUUUGCUGACGCCAGAGAAGAACCCUGGUUUGAUAAAGUGGGAAGAUCGUUCAGAGGGGGUAUUCCGCUUCUUAAAAUCUGAGGCGGUGGCUCAGCUUUGGGGGAAGAAGAAAAACAACAGCAGUAUGACCUACGAGAAACUGAGUCGCGCCAUGAGGUACUACUACAAACGGGAGAUCCUGGAGCGCGUGGAUGGGAGGCGGCUAGUGUACAAGUUUGGGCGCAACGCCCGUGGGUGGAAGGAGAAUGAAGUCUGAAGUUCUGGCCCAUACCUUGGACUCAAAUACUAUUUUAUUUAUGAUAAAAAAAAAACCAAAAAUGAUAUGAAGACUUUGAAGAAGGAACUCAGGAGUCAGUGCCAACAAUUCUUCUUUUGUUUGAACAAGAGAUACGCACACAGCAUUCUGUGAAAUGAGGCAUUAUGGGUCACUGCGAUGAUGUUAGGGGUCGAUAGAACUUUGAUAUGGAUGGGAGGAGAUAGAAGGCUGAGACGGUGGGGCAGGAAUCCGACCUCCAGCUGAGAUGGUAUGUGCUUGUGUAUUUAUAAAGUGCACUGCCACCUCCUGUACCACAGUAGGGCCAGCCCGACUAUCCGUAUGCCAUCAAUGUAAUACACCAACUAUCCUUCAGCCACCCUGCGGGGGUGAUAAGUCAACAACCAUCACAGGGCUGUGGUUGGCCAGCUGGAUGUAUAUCGUUGCCAUGACACCAUAUGGACCCAUUCUCCCUAUGCACAUUACGGCGGACUCUGGGCAGGCCCCCUUUAUACACUACUGCUUCAGCCAGCAUUUCUAUCUUUCCUAUAAUUGUCUGAAAUAUAAGAAUAAUGUUUUUUUUAAUUGCUUUUUUUAAGCACUUUCAAUAACCUUAGCUGUAUUGGUGCUGUAAAGCCUAUCUAACAAGCUGUUUAGACUCCCUUUCUGUCUGCCAAUGACAUUACUGGGAGUAAGGGAUGCCAAAUUUUUUUUCUUUGCAAUACCAGCCUUCGGGUUUGGGGGGCGGGCAGUGAUGUCACAUGGGGACGGGCAGUGAUGUCACAUGGGGAUGGGUGGUGGCAUCACGGGAGGGGAAAUGGGAUGGCUAGGUGGGGCAAUGGGUGCAUGGGGAGGGUAAAUGACUGUCAAGGGACUGAUUUGGUACGGAGAGGGUCAGGGAAGGGAGUGUUUUAUAGUUAGGGUUGUCAGCCUUAAUUUUGCCCAUUUGCUGGCUAGGCUGCAACUCUACUGGGUUGCAACUCUACUGGGUGUGGGGAGAGCAGAUUAAGUGGAUCGGUACAGACAUAUUGACCCAUCCUGUUUCAAACAGAUAGGAGUUUCAUCAGCCAAGGUGUGAUACUUUCAAAAGCCCCAAAUGGUCAUUCAGUUCAGCUGGCAGUGCCUAAUUCAGUAGCAAGAUCCAUUAUAUCAGGCUAUCCUUGGGAAAAAAGAGUCUGAUCAGUGCUCUAUUCAAAGACUAUCCAGGCUCCAAAAUGGCUGUCCAAUAUUGUGACCCUCUGUAUCUAUCUCUACUGACUUCAUGCCUCACAGAAUGGGUACACUGCCAGCCAUUGGAAGGUUGAGGUGCAUGGGAAACUGAAUAUCCCUAAACUAUAUGAAGCCUGACCCUUGCCAGUUGGCUCCAUCACAGGGUGGUAUGGGGGGGCACAAAAGGGUCUGUCCUUGCAUAGGUGAUUAACCCAGAGAUUAAUUGUGCUCCCUCAGCCUGCCAGGUCCUUGAUUUGGUUCUGUAACUCGUGAUGUUCAUUCCUGAUAGAAAACAUGAGUCAGUGGAAAGUCCAGCCGCUCUUUAUUGGCUGAUUUAUACUUUCCAGGGUCAGACUGGGCCAGAAGGGCACCAAGAAAAAACCCACCGGCCCAGACCUAAUCCCUGAUGGGGACUCCCUUGGGCUGGAGGUCCCCCUGACUCAUUGAAGGUAAGUUUAAUUCACCUGCGCUCGCGGUAGAGGGUCCGGCGGGUGGUGGGGCCCCCAGGUUGUCCCUGAUACUUUCUGUCAGUGACAAACAGCAUGAAUCAGUUGGUUGCACCAAGAGAGCGGUUGAGGGAGCACAGCUCACAUUUUUUUAAAAUAAAAUUCAUUGCAGGUUAGUGAAUAUACUGUAUAUAUUUGUUGUGCUAUAUUAAAUAUAUAUCUAUCUCUGUAUGUCUGGAGAUCUCUCUAUCUAGAUAGGCAGAUAAAUAUACUUAUAGGUAUAUAUGAACAGAAUUUACAAUACGUGUAAAUGUGUAUACUGUAUAUAUAUAUAUAUAUAUGUGGCAUUGCUCUACUGCUCUGAAAGACCCUAAAUAUGUGUGUCCAGUGGAACAAUGGUCCAAUAAUAACACACUCCAUGGCCUUCUGUGCAAAAUGCUUUUUGGAUAUAAAAAAUAAUAUUACAGGUGCCAUGUGGUCGGACUUUGCCUUUAAAUUCUAAUUUGCCAUGCAGGCAGGUACUGGUAUAAAUGUGAAGUAUUUCCGAGGCAGCUGUUAAAUGGUUAAUGUGUUUUUAUGGCUUUAUAAAUAAAAGGAACCGUGGAUUAUUGCAUAUUGAAA